AAUUGGGUAUGUUUUAUAGAACAUUUGUUUUGAAUUUCUCAAUUUCUCAAAUUGAAUACAAGAUAAAAUUUGAACUCAGCAACGUUGUCGGUUUUAUGAAACUUAGAGAAUUCUCUGCUGGUUCAACUGCUUGCUGUCAAAUUGCACACAGUUGUUUGUACAGAAGGUAUACUACCGAAAAGACAAAAUUGGUACUUAAGAACAAACGUGAAGUCAAAAUUGUUCAUUUACCAUAAAUCGGUGAAAUCAGUAAAAAAAAGUUUUAGCAAAUUGACAACCUUUUUGACAAAAGUAGACGGCACGUAUACGGUAGAUAUCGGAGAUGAGGCAACAGUGCAUCGUUUAUAUUUGACAUCAUUGACAGUUUGUUGUCAUGUCCCAUGUCGUUUUGUCAUGUGCAUAUGCUUAUUGUUUUGUGAUGUGUUCGUCAUUAGUGUCAUUACGGUUUUUGCUGUAGUUUUUUUCUUGUUCGUGGUGUUUGGUUUUCAACGGAUCCAGUAAAUUUUUCCUCUGCACCCAAUUAAAGUAAUAAAAUGGCUGUGUUAGCAGCAGCCCAGCUCUUGGAUGAGCUCAUGGGCAGGAAUCGAAACGUUGCUCCUAAUGAAAAAGUUAAAGAGCUCAACUGGGAAGAUCCAGAGUAUUGUAAGUACUUUAUGGUGAAGUUUUGCCCUCAUGAUCUGUUUGUGAAUACUAGAGCAGAUUUGGGUCACUGUCCCAAGGUCCAUGAUGAGGAAAUUAAAAAACUUUUCAUGAAUGCUAAGCCUACUCAUCAUAGGAAAGUACAGUAUCAAGAAGACUUUCUCCGUUUCUGUGUAUCCAUGAUGAAUGAUGUGGAGAGAAAAAUUGUAAAAGGAAAGCAGAGGCUUGCUUUAAGUGGGAAGGCUAAUGAAAUUCCUGCUUCCUCACCUGCUCAAACAGAAAAAAAUGAAGAACAAAUUAACCUUUUAAAUGAGAGAAUAAAUGGGUUAGAGGCUGAAGCUGAACAAGCAGGGACAGAGGGCAAUGUUGAGCAAGCCCAAGGUCUAAUGAAACUAUGUGAUCAGCUCAAAGAAGAGCGGGAAAAUCUUAAGAAGCAGGUUGAAAAUGGUCAUUGGAACGCAACAGCUGAGAUGGCAGCAGCCCAAGAAAAACAGAUGGAAGUCUGUCAAGUAUGUGGAGCAUUUCUAAUUGUUGGUGAUGCUCAGCAACGAAUAGAAGACCAUUUGAUGGGAAAACAGCAUAUGGGUUUUGCUAGGCUGAGGGCUUCAAUAGAUGAGGUAACAUCAUUGGUGAAGACUGCUAAAAAAGAUAGAGAUGCAGUAAGGGGAGGUUUGGGGGCAAACUUUGAGAGGGACCGUGAGCGUGAUAGAGAAAGAGAAAAAAGGAGAGAAAAAGAUCGAGAUAAAGAAAAGGAGAAGAGGGAAAAAGACAAAGAUAGGAAUGGAGAUAGAGAUAAGGAAAAAGAGCGAGAACGUGAUAGAGAAAAGAGGGAGAAAGAUAAGGAUAGGAGGACAGUCGAUAGAGGUGAUAGGUAUGAGAAGGACGUGGAGAGAGAUAGGGAAUCCCGUAAGGAUAGAGAUAGAGGACGUGAUCGAGACAAAAAUAGGGAGAGAGAGAGAAGUUUAGAUAGGGAAAGGAAGCGGCGUUCUAUUGAACGAUCUCGAAAUCCUGGUCGCCAUCACCAUCGACAUCACCGUCGCCGUUAAAAAUGACCAGUAAGAUCAACCAACAUAGGUAGGUGUCUUUCCACAUAACAUAAUUGAACCAUUUUCUCUUUCAGCAUACCAGGUUAGUACAAUACAUACAUGUAUGAGUGGGCUUUUUUGUUUUAUGUACAUUGAUGAGUUAGAAAAAAUAAGUUUUUCUAUUUUGAUAUUUGUUUUUCAGGUGAAUUUGAUUUUUAUAUAACUUUAUAUUGGAUAUUGAUUCCAGUGAUUUUCCUAACAAGUGCGGAAAGUCAUACAUUUCAUUUAUAUUAACAAUGACACACCGGAUGACAUUUUUAAGAACUGAAAUGCGUGCGGAAAAGUGGGACUAUUAGCAAGUUCGUAGAAAAAAGUAAAUUUUAGAUAUACUUCUAAUAAAUCAGUGUGACACGUUUUGCUGUUGGUGGGGAUCACUGUCAGUACCUGUUUUCUAACUGCACAAAUCUAAGUCUUCCAUAUCUAUUUAGUUACUGUUAAUUUGCUAUAUUAAUUCCAGGGUGUCAUAGUGGCCCUAAAAUGCAAUUAAUUUCAUCCUGUAUUAUGUAUACUCUAUUUCACGACUAUCCAUCUCGGUAGAAUUACAGCUGAUUAUCUAGUAAUAUCUCAGAAUUCCCCAUAUCGGCACAGGAUAUAUAAUUCUGACGGAUCCGUAAACGCCAGGUAGACAGAACCGAAUGUUGUUUUGGCUUUUUGUGCACUAAAGAAUAAAAAAGCUAUGUAAGAAAUGCGUGAUUAAUUCUCUUAAAUUAUACUUUUAGGCUAAUGAAAUCGUAAAAAGUGCAAAAAUACUACACACAUUAAAAUAAUCUAUUAAAAAAUAUUUUCAGUUAGCCUUAGAAAAAACUAGCUCUGAAAAAUGCUAGUACACUGGGCGUACAAAUUGCUAGAAAAACGAAUCAUGAGCUUUCCAAAAAGCUAUAAGCCAUCAGAACGAACGCGUUUAAUACUUGUCAAAUUGCCAAUCAAACCGAUUUAGGUCAAAUAAUAAUAAUUUGGUUAAUUGAUAAUUUCAAUAAUCAUUGUGCACUGUAUUUGAAAUUUUGUUCGAAGGAAAACUGAAAACGAAAACAGUUUUAUCUUUUUGAAUAGCUAUCAUUUUAUUGUAUGUUGUGAUUUUUGCAUUGUCUAAGAUUGUAUUAUCUUGAUUUAAGUAUAAACCACGAAAAUAAAUUGAAUCCUCACACGUUUCUUACACUUUCUUUGUUAUUUAGAGUCAAAUGUCCAAUUUCAGAUGAUUAAUAAAAAUGAUAGAAAUCGAUUUUUUUUAAAACUAUUGAUUUUCGACUACACAUAUAUGCAGUGGAAUUUGUUGAAUUUCAGGCCCUAUCACUGGACAGAACACCGUGAAUUAAAUAACCAUAUAUUCUGCUAUUUCCUGUGGUGCAAAUUAACACUGUAGUUAUGUGAUGAUCACAAUGCAUAUUCGUUGUAACCACGUGACUCUUACCCAACCAAACUACUACACACACUAAAUGGUGCUGACAUACCCGUUUAAUCUAUCCCGAGUUUUUUUUGCUAUAUUUUGAGUCUUGAGAAGUCUUUUUAUACAUGACUUUUUUCAACUUUUCUCAUUAAUUUUACUUAUGCGUUUGAUUGCCACAUUUCUUUAAGACAAGAUUUGAUUAUGGUUAGUUGCAAACAACUGCUUGGAAAUUCCUCAAACGUUUACAUCACUGAAUAGUAAAUUGUAAAAUACAGCAAGCCUUUUAACGCAUCUUGACUAUGACUUCUCCUUUGUGGUUGAUUGCAACUGAUCUUGGCCAGCAUAUUUGUGUUUAAGUAACGUGUCACAUAAGAGAACUAUACUAUGUUACCAAAACGAUAAGGAACAAUUACAGUAAUUUUUUGUUUAUUGAAUAAUCAUAUUGGACUGCAAACCAGAACCAUGGAAGUAUCCAUUUUGUUUUGCUGUUAGUUUUCCAGCCCUGUUAUCACGCCAGACAGCAGUUUGCAGCAAGUCAAACUCUCUGUAUCUCUGUUAUUACACGUGCGUCUGAGGUAUUUAUAUUUGACAUAGAUUAAAUUUUUUAUAAUAUUCUAUUUUGAAAGCUCAUUAAUCUCUACGAAAUUCACCAGCAUACAGCUGCCUUUGACAGUAGAUACAAACCGUGUGCGACACAUAAUCAGAGGUAUUUAUUUUUAAGUUAGUGAUAUAUGUCUGACCUUGCUCGAAAAUACUUUCAACCACUCGAUGGAAAUAUUAUUUUUGAUCUGGUUACGCAGAAAACUAUUCCAAAAACCCUUUUUGAACCUGCACAAUGGAUUGAUAUUACGUUUCUAUCAGAACUAGCGUCGUGUCAGAAUUUUUUUAAGGCUCUAUGAUUGUCCUGAACCAGUAGUAUUUGUUCUUGAAGGAUAAUCGAUACUUUAAUUUUCACUUCUUAGAAGGAAUGCUUAAAUAUAUUUCGAUUCUUUUCAUAUUAACUAUUUUAAGAUAAAUUACAUUUGUCAAUGCAGUUAUGCAUAUGUUAACCUUACUGCAACCCAUAUUUUGCUAGGAAGGAUGGAUGGAUGGGUCCUGCGUUAGAAGCUAUUGGCAUAGUUUCUGAGUAUACUUUUGGACAAGGUAUGACGGAGAAAACAUGACCGAGUAUAAAGACGGCAUCUGGAUGUUCGCCAGUAUUGAUUAUUGGACUGCAUGUGAUGCUAUUUGAUCCUUAAUUUCGAUGCGACAACAUUAUUAUAAUAUAGGUAUAUGCUAUCCAUGCAGUAUAUCUGAGGUGGAAAGGGAUCAAUUGGUGGUAGAAGUAAAAAACUACACUGGAUAUUCAGAGCAGGGAGGGACAGACAAAUAAGUUGGAUUUUGUGACCAAAACGCUUGUAAAAACGAGAACUUCAUCCGCUUCGUAUAUAAUAGAUGUGAUUGGCACAGAGAAUUGCUUAAAGUCUUUCUAAGGGUGUAUUUAAUGAAAUAAAAUUUAAACCUAUAAUUUAUAAAAUGAUUUCGCUGGAUAAUCUAACUGAUACUAACCAAAAAUAUACCAGUACUAUGCCAAACAUUAUUAUUACCAGUCACUAACGACGCUACCACUGUAAUAUAUCGAGUCUCGAGUGCAAUCGGCCUCUUUAUAUAGUUGCUUUUUACGGAUAUAACCAAUCAACAUUUUGUACGAACAACGGCUGACGUUAUAUAUUAAAUUGCCUUCAUUCUUAACAUCAUACAAUUUACGGUAGCCCACCUUUUCAUCUGUUGUAAUGUCCUUCAGCAACAGCGAAUUUUCCCUUGAUUUCUCGUAUUUUUUAAAUUCAGCAACUUUUCAUAUGCAAUAAACAAUCCAGCACGAGGAGUUUCCGCAUAAUAAGUUGAUGUCCAACCAGUUUCUGGCUGUGGAUCAUUACUACACUGGCGUUUCUUUCCAGUUAUAGUAUAGAACUUACAGCUUACGCCAUAGAAGAUAUGAAUGGCAUCUGCGAGCGCCAUCUGUAAAGCAGUGAGGCAAUGUCGCAGGGCUUUUAUUUUUUUACACUGAAGCAGUUGCGUAGGCAGAAUCCUAAAUAACGGGCACCGCGACUGCUAAAAGGAACUUGUUAAUCCGAUUUUCGAACCGACUAAGGUUAGUAGAAAAAACAUUUUCAGGCAGAUUGUUCCACAAUCUUGACACGCUAGAAACAAAGAAGUGGUCAAUGUACGUCAUACAAAUUCAGCGAGUGUUAUAUUGCAGUCUGACAUUUACAUUUGCUUUUACGUAAUAAGGAUGUACGUCACAAGACAAAUCGCUGUUAAAGCGUUUCCUAAAAGAAACGAUCUGAAAACGGUUUUGGAAUAUUUUGUGACAUAACCAGAUCUGUGCAGUCCUUAUGCAGUUAUUUUUUUUGAUAUACUCUACACAAAUUUCUUAUAAAAAAUGUUUAGACCUAUUUAACCAAUACAGAAUACUAUAGUUCAAGAUCUCGAUCCUAAGAAUCACCAGGAUUACUUCUUCAACGAUAAGAGUUAUUUACAAAAACGAAUAUUUUGAGGAAAAAAAGAACAAUGACAUUGGUAUUUAUCAAUUUGGAGGUUAUGAUUGUCAAACCAUUGUACGGCCUUUUUCACGAGCAUCCAUUAGGGUAAAAUGACAGCUAGUUAUCUAGUAAUAUUUCGAAAUUCCCAAUAUCUCCAAAGAACACAUCAUUCUGACGGAUCCGUCAAUGCCAGGUAGACAGAGCCAUAUUUUGUUUUGUUUUUCUGUACACUACAGAUUCAUUUUGUACUUGCUAAAAGCUCUUUUAUUUAGAAAAGUUCAUUUGCAUACAAAAAAAACGUUACAAACAAGUUUUACUAGAUUUACACCCGAUUCAUUAUUGCCUACCUUGCCGACUAACACAAAAGAGUCACUUGCUGAUCAGCUGUUAAUCUCAGUAAACGCCAAAGCGCGAUGGAUACUCAUGGAAUAGGGUCUAAAUGCCAUUUACGUUUCCGUCUAUUAUGCCAGGGGGCCAAUUGAAAUGAGAGAGUGGAAUAACUGAUAGAAAGUGGGCGUAGCUGUAUUACCUUCCGACGAACUGUUUUAACACUGAUAGUCUAGGUUCUAGGAUUAGCCACUAGGGUCAGGUGUGCUGUUAAAUGUCCACUCAGUUUCAAUGCGAGGUAUUAUAUAUACUCGUAUACAUACAAAACAUUAGAUCAUGCAACACAGAUCGUGGUUGUUUGGCCACUAUUUAAAAAUGACCACCAAGUUGCAAAACAAUUAUCCCACACAUCUUCGUAGCCAGUAAGCUGAAUUUAAUUUUCUAAAGCAACCAUUUUGCUUGUUUUUCAAGAACAAACAUACAUGGUGUGUCCGGAAAGUAAUGAGCUUCAUUUAUUUGUGACGCAGCUUGGCAACGUAGUGCAAUGCGACCAGUUGGGAUGGGUGGGGGGAACCUUCAGCUUUACAGUCGUACCGUACACUUGCCAGUUACCUCCGACCUCUUGGAGAGUGUGUACGCUGAUUUUUGUUAGCCCUUGUUUUGCGACAUCGUCGAAGUUACGAUGGAAAAAACUUUAGAGCAAAGAUACGCGAUAAAGUUUUGUGUGAAACUAAACAAAACACCGAAGGAGACAUUGGAUUUGCUUCAAACAGCGUUUGGGGAUGCCUGCCUGUCAUAUUCACAAAUAAAAAAGUGGCACAAGUCGUUCCGGGAAGGGCGAGAGGAGGUCGAUGACGAAAUGCGUUCAGGACGUCCAUCGACAUCACGAACAGAUGACAAUGUGACCCGUGUGCGAGAAAUUCUCAGCACAGACCGUCGACUGAGUGUCCGCUUGAUUGCUGACCUUUUGCACUUGCCAAAGACCACAGUUCACGAAAUUGUGUCGGAAGACUUAGCCAUGUGCAAAAUUUGUGCAAAACUUGUGCCCAGAGUUUUGACCGACGUUCAAAAACUCCAUCGUGUCGCUGUGUG